ACCGUCCGAUUAGUGGACUCCACUGGCUGUUCCGCGGUAGUAAUUUGGGGUCCCUGGAAGUGUAUUUUGGGAAGUCGGUUCGGACAAUCAUUCAGAUAGCCGAAAUAAAGUCCCGUUUGGCAUCCGCUGUAAUUAAAGAAAGCUAAAAGCGCGAGAGAGGAGAGAGAGAGAAAGAGACGUGAGCGGGGGGAGAGUGAGGAGGAUAAAAAGGAGAAAGAAUUGUGGCUGGAAAGGGGAGAGUAGCGAGGAAAGGAGAAGGGGAAAGGGGUUUUAGCGGAAGCGAUUCGGAAUCCGCAUUUGGAGCUCGAUUUAUGGUGGAAAAAUCUUAAAAAAGAGUUUGUAGCUGCAGGUUGUCUACAAGGCAUUUCACCAUAUGGUGGAACUAUGGUGUGUUGGUGAAUAAAUAACUGGGUGCCUUGUGGCACUUCUUCAUGCAGGCAGCUAUGUCAUCAAAAGGUUGAGAAGAUAUGGAGCCUCUUAUUGCUGAUUCUCACCUUCGCAGUACAAUCUAUCGUCGAUUUCUCAUAUUUGCAAUUUGGUUAUGUGGUUUCCAGCAAGUUGUGUCUCAGGAAGUGGUACUUAAACCAAAGUCCAGUGUUCCUGAUAAAUUUGUGCUGUCUGAUCCACCUGCUGGCCUCUUUGAUCCAAUAGAGAUCUCUCCUGCUGUCAUUCCGCAUAAUCCAUAUCCUGUAGAACCACUACCACCAAUGUAUCCGUCCUUUCCAAGCACAUAUGAGCCAAUUUUGACUGGGAAAUGCCCCGUAAAUUUUUCUUCAAUAUCAGAUAUUGUGGAUAAGACUGCUUCUGAUUGUUCUGCACCUUUAGCAGCAUUAGUUGGGAAUGUUAUUUGUUGUCCCCAGGUUAACAGUUUGAUGCACAUUUUCCAAGCCACUUAUAGCAGUGAAUCUGACAUGCUUGUUCUGCACCAGGCUGCUGCUAAUGAUUGUUUUUCAGAUGUCAUGAGCAUAUUAGCUAGCAGAGGGGCAAACAGUACUAUCCCUGCACUUUGCUCUGUGAAACCAUCAAAUCUUACUGGUGGUUCAUGUCCUGUGAAGGAUAUUACAUCAUUUGAGAAAACAGUUAACACAAGCAAACUGCUAGAUGCAUGCAGCGCAGUUGACCCACUUAAGGAGUGCUGCAGGCCUGUCUGUCAACCUGCAAUCAUGGAAGCUGCACUUCGUAUCUCUCUUGUAGGAGCAAGUAUGCUUGAGAUUUUUAAUAUACCUGGGAGUGGCACCACAAUCAGUGUUGUCAAUGACUGUAAAGGGGUGGUGUAUGCUUGGCUUUCUAGGAAGCUCUCACCAGAGGCUGCUAAUGCUGCUUUUCGGAUAUUAUCUGGCUGCAAGGUUAACAAAGUUUGUCCCUUGACAUUUGAAGAGCCUUCGUCAGUUAUCAAAGCAUGCCGUGAUGUGGCUUCUCCGAAUCCUUCCUGCUGUGCUUCAUUGAAUACUUAUAUUGCAGCAAUACAAAAACAAAUGCUGAUAACAAAUAGGCAAGCCAUCAACUGUGCAACACUCUUUGGGUCAAUGCUACAGAAAGGAGGUGUUAUGACAAAUGUAUAUGAACUUUGUGAUGUUGACUUGAAAGACUUCAGCCUUCAGGCAUAUGGGCAACAAGGCUGUCUGCUUCGGAGUUUACCAGCAGACAUUGUACUUGAUAAUGUUACAGGAUUUAGCUUUACGUGUGACUUGAGUGACAAUAUUGCUGCACCAUGGCCUUCCUCAUCUUCGCUUUCAUCCUUGUCCCUUUGUGCUCCUGAGAUGUCAUUGCCGGCGUUACCAAUAGCACAGACGUCUAGAAGCUCAGAUAGCUACAGCCUGGAAAUAUUGCAGAAGUUGGGAGAUCCCUUUCUUGAGCGGUUGUUUACAUCAAACAAGUUGAUCCUUUUUUGGUAUACUUUAGGAUCAGAAUUCUAUCUUGGGAUAUGGCAUGAAAGAUCCUUCGUAGGGAUACCAGUGUUCUUGAAAUGAAGAAAAUGAAAGAGUUAAUACCAUGCAGACUAAUCUCAUGAUAUAUGUAAAGGGAUUAAUUUACUUUAUCUUCCAUACUCAUGUAAUUGACAUAUUUUAUUGUGAAUAAAAUUGAAGUAUUUUUUGUUUCAUCAUAUGCUAUGUAUUGUUCUAUUAUAUUAUUAUGAACUCCAUAAAUUAGGAUAAUGAUUUUAAGAUGAUGAUAAAAUCAUGUUAGUGAGAUUUAAAAUUCUAAUCUCAAAUUUUUUCAGUUAUAGGAUUGAGUCGGAGAUCGAUGAUAUUGGAUAGACAGGCAUAUCCUAUAUAUGCUCGGUGGAGAGUAUGAUUGAUCUUAUAAUUACUUAUGUUGGGACAUUAAUACAAGGAUAUGGGUGUUUAUUGGUGGAUGAGUUUACUGAAGUGAUCCGUCAUGAGAAUUAUAUCUUAUGAAAGUCUUACUUACAUAUCAAAAGAUAGUUCUCUUAGUGGGAGUAGUGCAUGUGGUCUUUUGAUCUGAGACCAUCAUAGUACCUUGUAUAUAUAGAUUUAUAUUUUGGUUCAUUUCCUAUCAUGUCUUUCUAAGAUGUGUGGAGUGUUUUGAAUAUGGUGAAAUAUAUAUGGAGGUAU